AUGGCGCCGCCUGCUCGACCCGCGGUGGCCGUGGCCACUAAGGCCGAGAAAGAUGCAGACGUGGUCAUGGGGACAAAUAAUAGCAGUAUCGCAUCGAAGCGCAGUGUCGAAAUGAUCUACUACCCCCAACCGCAUUUCUUCCGCUAUUUCGUGAAAAAGCCCCAAAGACGAUCACCGAUCAUCAAUCGCGGAUAUUGGCUGCGCAUGCACGCUAUGGCGGAGACAGUACGUCAAUUUAUUGCGAAAGCACCUACGGACAAACCCAAAUUUAUUUUGAAUCUUGGAUGUGGAUAUGAUCCUUUACCCUUCAUGCUCCUCAGCGAUGAGCAGAAGUCUAUGCGUAGCGAGCAGGCCGUAUUCGUCGAUAUUGACUAUGAAAAGCUCAUGGUUCAUAAGAAGAAUGCUAUUCGCCAGACCGAGGAGAUUACCAACGUGCUUGGGGAUGUAGAAUUUGGAUCCGAUGAAGAUGCAAUCCAGAUCAAGAGUUCUCGAUACCGUGCAGUGGGCUGUGAUCUCAAGAACAUCAAGAAAUUAGACGAUGUGCUGCACAAGAGCAUUCUCCCAUCUACCGACUGCUCUGUGCUGUUCCUCGCUGAGGUCUCUUUGACAUAUAUGGAUGUUCAAUCCGCCAACGAAGUUGUCAAGUGGGCCUCAAAAUUGACGAACGAUGUUCAAUUCUGUAUCCUUGAGCAAUUCUUCCCAGACGGCCCUGAACACCCAUUCGCAAAGACUAUGAUGACACAUUUCAACAAAUUGCGCGCACCGUUAUUUUCUAUUCAUGAAUUUCCUUCCCUUGCAGAGCAGGAACAGCGCUUCAGGAAUGCCGGAUGGCCCCAAGCCAAAGCCAGAACACUGUGGGACUUAUGGUCUGACAGUACAUUUCUCUCGGAUUCACUUCGCAAUGGACUAGAUGCGUACGAGGCAUUUGAUGAAUGGGAAGAAUUUGCCCUUUUCGCAUCUCAUUAUUUCCUGUUGGUUGCUUCAAAUAACCCCGAGUCUUCUGAGGGAACAGAAAAUAUCCUAAACACUACUGAGAAUCUGGGAACACCCAACAUCUCCAGCAAAUUUGUCUUGCGGCCUCACUGUCCUGUCGAGAAGCGUGGCCGACGGCGAUACGGCGCCCUUGUUCCUGGUGGCAAAGACAACGAGUCUCUUAGUUACCAUGGAGGCCAAGGUGAACAAACACGACUGUCUUCAACCGAUAUAUACACCCCUGAAAAUGUGGGCGAAUCAAAGAGCAUUCCUCCGUCGCGUGACAUCCCCACUAGAAUGUGUCACACCAUUACUUCGCUGGAUGAUACUACAGACUCAUGCAUCCUGAUUGGCGGUAGAACAUCCCCUGCCACUCCUUUGAAUGACUGUUGGCUGCGACGGGAUAAUACCUGGCAGCAAGUGCACCCCUUACCCGAGCCAAGGUUCCGGCACAACGCCACCAACAUUUUGAUCGGUGAACAGGGGUCAGUCCUUGUAUACGGAGGCAAAGGUAAUGAAAACACGAUUUUGGACAGCUGGUUACUCUGGAAUCACAAGGACGAGCAAGGAUGGCAAAAAGUGAAAACAGUCGGCUCAAACCCAGAGGCUCGCUUUGGGGCAUCCUUUACCAGAAUAACAGAUAGUUUCGGUGUGUUAUCUGGAGGUAUUGGAUCCAAUGGAACUAUUUUGGAGGACUUUUGGACGUGGAGCCUCUCGCGCUGUGACGAUGGAUCCUUACAGGUUGAGCUUGUAGAUCUUACUCAAUCUGUGAAGAAGUCCUCGCCGCACUGUUUCCCAUAUCUUAGCAGAUUUGGCGCAACAGCCAAUGCCUCUUCCAUGGGCUUGGUUUUCGCUGGAGGUAUCAUUCCUCGCCAAUUGAUCCCAGCAAAUAUGGAAAUCUUGCUUUUGGACACGGAUGAGAUUCUGGAAUUAUCGAAGAUGACGAAACCAUGCAGCGAAACUCUUAUAUCUGCAAUCGGACUAGGGCCUGCAUUCACGGGACCCAGACCUUUACUCACUGGACACGUUGCUAAUACAAUAAACUCCGAUAAACUCCUCAUUCUUGGUGGAGGUGCAGUGUGUUUUUCGUUUGGCACAUUCUGGACAGAGGGUACAUGGACACUUCAGCCUCAAGAGUCAACGAUCGACAAUUCAUGGACCCUUGUGGUUCCCAAAAAAGAAGCUCCGUCGACCACUACUACAACGUCGCCUCCAUCGGCGAAUAAAGCGCGUCGUCUUGUUAACAAGAAAUCAAAGAAAAUUGUACAAAUCCCUCGGGCUCGAAUUGAAUCAGCUGCGCAAUUCCAACAAAUCCUCGCCGGCGGAAAACCAGUUGUCAUCGAAAAAUCAGAUAUCGGCCCUUGCACCGAUCUAUGGACAAAAGAAUACCUCACCAACUCCGUCGGUCCAGAUCGCAAGGUAGUGAUCCACGAGGCCCAAUCGGAGUCGAUGAAUUUCCAGUCCAAAAACUUCUCUUAUGUGACCAAGGAUUUCGGUACCUUUCUCGACGAGGUUCAUGCCGGUGGCCGCCAGUAUCUCCGAUCGAUCUCAGCAGAAUCACCAUCCAAGCAAGCGGCAAGUUUAGAAACGGAUUUCCCUUCAUUACGACAAGAUUUCAGACUUCCAGAGUACAUGGCUCAAGUUUCGGAGAAUGCUCAUAGUUCUCCAUUGAGAAUCUCCGGCCCAGUCACAAUGUGGCUCCAUUACGAUGUUAUGGCCAAUGUCCUUUGUCAAAUCCGCGGCCAACGACGCCUAAUCCUGUUCCCACCCGACGACGUCCAGUCCCUGCACAUCCCACCCGGCACCUCCAGUUCCACAAUGACCAUCUUCCAAACCGUUGGCUUGGACACCCCCACAGCCAUCCCGGGUACCUCGCCGCACGAAGCCAUCCUGCAACCGGGGGAGAUCCUAUUCAUCCCGCCCCUAUGGUUACACACGGCAUGCUCGGCAACAAGCGAGGUCAGCGUCGCUGUCAACGUCUUCUUCCGAAAUCUAACGAAGGGCUAUGCAUCUGGUCGGGAUGUUUACGGGAACCGGGAUUUACAUGCUUAUGAGAAGUCUAGGGGGGAUUUGCAGCGUAUUUUGCGGUCGUUUGAAGGUGUCCCGCCUGAUAUGGCGAGGUUUUAUUUACGCCGGUUAGCGCAGGAGCUGCAAGAUGUUGCGGACGAAUGA